UAAACUCCUUCAUCAAUCAAUCGAAUUAUGUCAGAAUGCGUCUCAUGGAUUUCUAUUCUGAAAUGCUGGGCCUCCCGAGGGGACGUUUCACUGCAGAUGUGAACAUGCAGCAAUACUGCAGCCCCCGUUUUUCUGGACAAAUGUCCAGCGCCCGCGAGCUUCGAAUACAAGCAGAACAAUUCUGCCUUGGAUGUUCUCACAUAACAACAAACACAGCAGCCUGGAGCUUAUAGCAGGUGUAUAAUGGUAAAACGGGACAACAUGAGGCUGAAUGUGUGCUGAGUUGAACCAUGCUUUUCUUUUCUUUUCGCUUUUUUUCCAUUGUUAUCGAUGUGCCACAUGCACAACGCACCCAGUUAGGUCGGCUUGGCUGCGCCACCUCUGCAUCAACUCCCCAGACCACCUCCAUCUACCUCAGCAAAAGCCAAGAAAUUUCUUGUCACUCUGGCGAAUUUAAUCACCCAAUACUGUGGGUAGAACUAAGUUGCCGGCCGCUCAUAACCCGACCCCAAACCACCCACCUUCAAACAUUUCUACGUCAAAACGCCCCCGACCCAUCCUACCUCAAACCAGGGUCCCAGUGAUCAAUAAGCAAAUUUAGUAAAUCUAUUCGAGAAUACUCCUUCGAGAUGAACUGGGCAAGUGACAACCUGGGCAUCGACGAAUAUGACCUAGAGACAGUGUUCAAAUACGCGCCGAGGGAGAGCACAGUGGUGCAGAUGCUAGGCAGUAAUGAGUACAAACUGGUGACAUCGUCCCUGGAGCUGGAAAAAGAAUGGAAAUUAUGGCUUUCGGAGGUUUGUCUCUUUUCGGAGGGGCCCCCUGAGCAAAAGCGACACCCUUUAUUGACAGAUUCUUGCCUCCCCUCAUGCAGGAAAUGCCGCCACCGCGUGCUACACCUGGAAAUGGAGGCUUAGUACUACUGCUUGCCACAAGAGCAGACGAUCCACGUCCUACCGCGACGAGUCACUCCGAGGUGUCCCCAUCUGAGAAGCCAGUCAAGCUGUUGGCCCGUGAGCAAGGCUCGCCCGAAGUUGGUACGCAGCUGAGAAGGACCAAGACCGUCCUGGACGUGUCGAACCCCAAGAUUGUACAGGGCAACGAAAUACUGCAGGAUGACGCCGCCGAGCUCCAGGCUGCUGCUGCGGCCUUGGCUGCGAGCGGCCGACGCGGCGUCCGGACCCUGCCGUUCUCGCAGGCCAACUUUAGGCGCGUUUCCCAGGCCUUUCACACCCAUGGUACCAUCGCCCGCGUCAUCAGCAGGACAGACGUGCCGGUAUUUUCGGCCGAGAAGAUCAAUAUGGCCGAGCAGCCUGCAUAUGUCUACAACUGCCGCUCAUCAAACGCCUGGGCCCACGACAUGGCCCUAUCGGUGACGCACUUCCCUGAAACCGACCUCACCUUCGCCACCAUGUACGGCUGCCACCAGGAGGCCGAGGCACAAAUCAUAAAGCGCCUCUCCACGAUGCAAGGGGAAGCCGCAGUGUCUCACCCGCUACUUUUGCCGGGCAUCUUUGCCGAGCUGGAGCGGCAGCGGCACAAGAGCCUGAUCGACAAGACGCUGUUGGUGGUCGAGAGCUACAUCUACGAGCGUGACGUCCUGCAGCAGUCUCUGGACGGAGGAGGAGGAGGGGGCCCGGCGGCGGCGAUGGAGAAACUGGAGCGCAACAUGAGGAAACGCAACACUUGGCUCGAGACGACCUACUUUCGAAACGGGCUGGUCAGCUGGAACACGCAACUCGGUAGGAUGGUGGAGGAGGCUGAGGCGUUGGGACCGCCGGCGGAGAAGGGGCCCAUGGCGGAAAUGAGUUCCCGGGUCGGGAGGCGAGUUCAUGAGAUCCGGCACGAGUACGAGGACUGGAUCAGGGACUGCACGAUGCGGUUAGAUGGGAUGACUAUGGCUACGCAAUGGGCGCAAAACGAAACGAACCUCGAGAUCGCACUCGAGACCAAAAGGGAUUCAAAACACAUGCGCUCCAUCGCACUAUUGACCAUGGUCUUUCUACCAGGGACUUUUCUGGCGACUGUCUUCAGUAUGGACUUUUUCGAGUGGAAGCCUGAUGACGAAGGAACAGCCAGAGUGUCUCAGUUUAUCUGGAUCUACUUUGUCAUCACUGUUUUACUGACUUUAGGGACGGUGGGUCUUUGGUAUUACUUUGUCAUCUACCGGCCUCUGAGGCGACAGGUGCCUGAUGAGGAGGAGGAUGAUGAUGAUGAUGAUUAG